UAUAGUCACUCCUUUUCAAGUUACGCUCGUUACUUCUGUGGAUAAUGGCCUCUUUAGUGACUCCCAACCGACCGUCUUUCGCGACCGACUCGCGUCCUUCCUCCCACCGUGCACCGCGCAAGAAGUCCUCGUUAUUGUCUAUAAAGCGAGACAAGAGCAAGCCUUCGGAGGCCGGCUACUCCGCUGAUAUACAGGAUCGAGCGCCCCCAUCAUCCCAGAAGAGUGCUCCAUAUAUACCGCACGUCCACGUACACUCCGGGCGCUCGAGCAAUACCAAUCCGGAGGCUUUUCUUCCUAGUCGUACUGGACGGUCACCGAGCCAAGCUUCCAGCUCACGGAGUUUACCCCAUAGCAGUGGAAUCCAGGUAGAUGGGACGCGGAAAGGACGAUGGACACCUUCCGACGAGGCACUGUAUGCCUUCCCCAAUAUGGGCAGUUUGCAGAACUAUCUUGAUGACGACUAUGAUUCCACUGUCAAAGUUUCCCGCCCUCGUCAGAGAGCUAAUUUGUCACAGGUUAGUUCUGACUGGCGAGGGAGCCAACUUGGCUCUGCAUAUCGCAUCUCAGGUUCUUCUACACAAACGCAAGUAGAAGAGAGUCCUCCUCAGACACCACUCGACACAUCACCCUUCCGCAGUACCAUGGGACGUGUUUCUGUGGUUGUGGCUGCUCCGAUAGCGGGGGUUGAAACCAUGGAUGCCUUGGUCGAUGGAAUGAACGGAUUCGGGGACGACGAGUCGUGCAUGAAUGUGAGUAGUGUCCCAAGUCCAAGCCGUUCAAAGCAGCGGCGAAAGGGCCACCACCCAUUAUAUCACCCUCCGCUACCUACCCCUCCUCCUGGGGUCGUUCUUGGCCGAGGUCCGAGAAGGGAUACCUCUCCGCCUGCACACUCCGACAGCGAAGACGACAGUCCCAAGCCAGCCCGUACCAAACGACCUCCUCGGCGGAAAGUCCGCCAUGCUUCCUCUCCCUCCAAGGUGGAUUCCAGUACCGUCGUCAGUGUCAGUUCGCCACGGUCACUCCAAAGUGCAGAGGGCGGCCAGGAGCCCGAGCAAACCACCCCAAGUAUGAAGCAUAGAUUCCCUUCUCUAGAAAAUGAGCAUGAGAAGGGACAGGAAGUCCGGAGGAAGACGAUAGUGCCCUCGAUCACGGAAAUCAUCCAAGCACAUGCCCCUACUGUUCAGCGGACAAGCUCCAGGCCCGGAUCAUCGAGACCGGGGUCAUCCCGGGCAUCAUCAUUUACCUACAGUUCGCAUGGGCAUAGCUUUUACAGCAAUAGCAAUGGCCAUACUUUGGUAGCCGAGGAAGAAGAAGAACCAGAGCCAGAACCUCUGACGGCUGAAGAGGAAGCUGAGCUCAUUUCUCGGUCGUCCAUCGACAGUAUCGCCCAGGAGAUCCAGGAUACCAUCCGGAAACAGAGUGUUUCACCUACUAUGCCGCGGCACUUGCAACAUGCUCAUACAUUUCCUAAGCGUCAUUCAAUCGCCUCGGAUGAUGGGUUUAGCGUGCAUUCUCCCGUGUCUGGCGUCAUACGUGAGCCCUCUCUGUACUCUUCGUCCACUCCUUCGACGCACGUGGAUCAGCCGCCAAUCGCCAGUCUCGCUGCUGCCAUGCAGCCCACCCAGUCCCAAAAAAUUGCCCAGUACUUAAACUCUACACGACUGACGACACUCCUAAAGCUGACUAGGUCUCCCCACGCUUCGGCCGAUAAGCCACUGACUAUAAGUCUUUCGGAUCUGGGAUGUCCAACGGGUGUGCCUCUGGUGGUCUUCUUGGGUUUGGGCUGCGUCCGCCACAUCAUGGGCUUGUAUGACGAGAUGGCCGAUCUCCUGGGCAUCAGACUCAUUACCAUUGACCGCUGGGGACUCGGUCGCACUGAAACCCCACGCUCAAAGACAGCUCGAGGGAUUCCCGAAUGGGCUACCGUCGUAGAGGAGGUACUUGAUCGACUCAAUAUCCAUCAGUGUAGCAUCAUGGCACAUUCUGCUGGAGCCCCGUAUGCCCUGGCAUUCGCGAAUAAGGCGCCGGAGCGCAUCCGGGGGGACAUAUGCCUGUUAGCACCGUGGAUUGGCGGCGGAGAAGGCGCCGGUUACAAGUGGCUGAAAUAUGUGCCUAAUGGAAUCCUGAAGACCGCCCAGCAAGCCGAAUGGAAGGUGCAAGGGUGGAUGCUGGGGAAGCCUCCAAAAGUCCGAUAUCAAGGUAUUGGCUACACCCCAGAUCCCCCGCCGCAUCUCAAGAGGGAGGCGUCAAAACGAGAUGGAGACCACCACGAUCGAUCUUUGGGUAACGUCUACCCUUCGCUUGAGAGUAGACCAAGGCCUAGUGUUGGAUCCAGUAAUUUCAGCGAGUACGACGACCUUGCGGACUUCGCAGGCAGAUUUGAGAGCCGAAGUACCCUUGGUGCCCGGCAAGGACCGGCGCUCAAUCGCUCUUCAAGCGAAGGUCUAGCCGGCAAGCGGAAGACGUCAAAAGGUUUUCUUGGGAGACUUAGAGGAGAUUCUUCGCAACCUCAGAGUCCAUUGGUAUCAGGGAAGAAAAUAAGGCCUCUAAAGUCCAUGACCUCAUUAAAGAGCAAAGCUAGCUCUGUUCCCAGCACUCUGUCCAAGGUCGCAGCCCCCACAGAAUCUCCGCAGUUGCCGGAUCCCCUGAACGUUGAAUUCGGCUUGGGCUUCGAUGCUAUCGACUGGCCUAUCCAAUCUGCCAUCUCGAGCUUUGUGGAAGGCAAUGCCGCUCAUGAAGCUGACACCAGCCGUUGCCGCCCACGGUCCGCUGGUCGAAGGUCGAUCUCUCUUACCACUCCCAGAGCAGCUAGAUCCUUGAAGCCCUCUCCUACUUCCAGUACUUUCACCGCUCAGCCAAAUGACGAUAGUUCUGAGAUGUCUUACCAGACGGCUCUCGGUAACGCCCUCAUUGCAGCGUCCCAUUCCGAGUCGUCAAAGGGCACCCAUUCUGACCUACUCCAAAUCCUAAACCACGAUCACCAGCCCUGGGGUUUCUCCUAUUCCACCUAUCCGCAUCGCGUCAACGUAUGGUACGGUGACAAAGAUGAGAGGAUAGCCGAGAACUCCGUCCGAUGGAUGGAGAAGGCCAUGGGUGAAGACAGAUGCGAAGUGAACGUCGUGUCCGGCGCCGAUCAUAGCCUCAUGUUCAGGAGCUCAGUCGUCAUAGAAGUUCUCGAACGAGUGAAGCGGUACUGGCAAGACCUCUCGUAACCGCAUGUUGCUGGCAGUGCGUGCAUACUCUUUUCCUCUUUUGUCGUCGAUUUUCUGCAUCGGCAUGUUGGAUAAUUCACAAAUACCAUACUCGCGUCUUGAUAUCCUUCUGUACUCUCCCUUAUUGUUAUUCUACUGGUCCGGUCCGCUUCGCAAAAUGUAUCAUUUACCGCAUCUACUUCAUUUCUCUAUAGUUGUCGGAGCUAUUGGUCCUUUCCACUUAAUUACAGGAGCUCCUAUUGUUCUGGAUGGUUGUACAUGUAUAUCGUGUUUAUUGAGGAUUGAGGAGGCAUCGACGUAAUCUAUUAGUAAAGGAUGGCGCACCGUGAAGGGACCAUUCCUCUGAAUCGCAUACCGG